AUGGCGGACAAGACAACCCCAACGGAACACCACCAAGACAAUAACAUUGUCACGGAUCCCAGCGUCGAUUCUAUAGUCCAGGGCCGCGAUACUAGCGUUGGAAAGAGUAUGAUGGAUAUGCCUUACGAAGGCGCUAAUGCCAUUAAUCCUAGUGACAACGUCGUCGAUGGGAGCGAGCCUGUCUUGAAUUGUAACGAAGCGUCACAUGGCAAAAAAGCCACAGUUCCUUUCGAGCAAUACGAGGACCUCGCAUCGAAGAUCAAUGAAUUGGAGCGCAAACUGGGGCAUGUCGACACUGUUGUGAAGAGAGAGUUAGUAGAGCCAUUGAUGAAACCUCCUCUCGAUGGCCACGGCUUCUGGGGUGAUUUCGACAAUGAUGACUUUGACAAAUUUUAUUUGGCAGGUGAUCUUGACGAGGAACUCGUUGAUUUCUUUAGGACGUUUAAACACGCCAAUCGAGAACUUCUGUAUGUACUACGAGCGACACGGGAGCAACGACUUAGACGUCGUCAACACUAUAUGGAACGACAGGAAUUGGAAGCGGCGCGAAAAAUGGCGGAAAAGACCAGGCUCGAUGAUAAUACCACCAAAGUGAAGCAGGUGUCAAAAGCAGAUCUGUUAGCCACCCUGGCCGCACAAAUGCUGGAGGAUGGCACUCCUGCAACGACACUUCGGACCCCAUGGGAAGCAUUCGAAGCACGCGAUCCAAGCACUAAAGUGGUAGACACAAUUGCCAACCCUAUCGAACUGCUCAUUGGCGAGCCUGAAGUGGCAUUUUUCGAGUUCUUUGACAACUUCGAGCGAGAAUCCGAUGACCAGAAGCUAGGACCACGCUCAUUAUCCCCGAAGGGUGUUGAUGACAAAACCCCAUCCGAAGAGGCACCGCUUCCUGAGCGAGUCCUGAUCUAUUCCAAGGAACUUCUCAGCAUCCUUUCUGAUAUUCACAAGGGCUCGAUGAAAGCUGACGUGACUAAUUCAAUCCUCCGACCAUUCAAGAUGUUGGUCUAUUAUGAGAAACAGAUCCGCGACCGUGCGGCCGCACUCGAAGCCAAGUUCGCACACGCCACCAACACCGGCACCGAAGAGAAUCCCGCGAACACGGGUAACUCUGAAGACGAUAUCGCAGUCAAUGGCUCGCUUGCGAUGGCGAGUGACCAAGCCAACAGACAAAGUGACGGCAAAGAUGCAGGCCCCCUGGCGGCUCUGCUACAUAUUCGUUGUUUGCUCGAAUUCUUGGACAAGGACAUAGGGGCUAAGAAAAAGCAUCUCAGGAGCACAACCUGUGAAAAGGUCACGUUUAGCGACAUCUGGUAUCUCUUCCAGCCGGGAGAAGAAGUUAUCGACCAGGACAACAAACAGGCUUACCGGGUCUUGCGCGUGUCAACGCCCAAGCACAGGGUUAUUUCACCAUUCACGAUGUUCCACAAAGCCACUUCAGCGGAUGCCGAAGAGAAGCCGGCUAUAAUCGACUGUGUUUAUAUUGACUUUGAUGGCGAAAAACUCGGCCCAGUGACCAAAUCUUUUAGCAUUCCACGGUUCGAUCAGGAUAAGCCCGUCGAAAAUCUCCCUAUCUAUCCCCUACGGAUGGUCAAGGGCGACGACUAUCGGGAUAGACUCAUCGAACGAGGACGUAUGCUAUGGGAUGUAAUAAAGGUCAAGCCUAUGUAUUAUAAUGGUCAUACCAUUGAUACUAAGGAGGAGGCAGACAGUCAGGUUAUGAUCGACUUCAACGAAGCUCUAAUACAUGCUCGAGAACGCAAUCUGGAGUGGACACCCAAAGUGGAAACUAUCAGUGCGUCUGCCGAGGAGACAAGAGCGGGUAAAAUCGAAAGUAGCUGCCGGGCUGCCUGCUGUAGAGGCCAGAAAGUGCACGACGAUUCAUACGUUGAUAACAAGCAGACCGAAGACUUCAUAAAGGGUCUCCUGUCGCAAACUAGGGGCGACCGGUCACCGCUCAUCAUAUACCCACGAGCCUUACGGGAGAUGCUCGAUUCCAAGAGCGAGCCCAAGCCCGACGAGCUUGUUGUCAUGUGCUACAGAGUUUUUGGAUUCAUCCUGAGAAGCCAAAAAUGGGCGCAACUUGACCUGACGUACCUAAAGUACGAGAAUGAGGAUAACAAGCGCAGUGUUCUUAACGCUUUCGACAGCCUCGUCCUCCCUGAUGGGCACAAGGAGAUGGUCAAAUCCCUAGUGACGCAGCAUUUCCGUGAUAAGAAAGCUAGAAAGAUGAAUACCGAAAAAAAGGUGGUAACUGACGCAAGGUCUGACCUUAUUCGGGGCAAGGGACAAGGGCUGAUAAUUCUACUACAUGGAGCACCGGGUGUUGGAAAGACCACAACAGCAGAGGGCGUAGCCGAAUUAUUUCACAAACCACUUUUUCAGGUCACAUGUGGAGACCUCGGAACCACGGCCUUUGACGUCCAGAGGGAAUUGGAAAAGAAUUUCACGCUUGCUAGUAGAUGGGAUUGUAUCCUCCUUCUGGACGAAGCCGAGGUGUUCCUCACCUCUAGGGAAAGGAAAGAUUUCAUAAGAAACGGUCUCGUUGCAGUCUUCCUUCGCGUCCUGGAAUAUUACACUGGCAUCCUCUUCCUGACAACUAACCGGGUUGGUGAUUUCGAUGAAGCAUUUGCUUCCCGGAUCCAAAUGAGCCUGCACUACCCGAAGCUUGAUCUCGACAAGACAUUGCGGGUCUUCAAGGUUAACCUUGACCUUAUCGAAGAGAAGUUCAAACUACAGAACCGAAAAAUCUACUUCGAGAAGAAAUCGAUCCUGGACUUCGCUGAGAAACAUUUUAACGACAACAACAAGCGCGACGACAACAACCAACGCGAAAAGGAGGGCUUACAAUGGAAUGGACGCCAGAUCCGCAAUGUCUGCCAGACGGCUCUGGCCAUGGCGGAGUAUGAGGCGCUCAAUGAACAGUUAUCGGCUGACAUCGCGCCAUCGGAACACGUACACCUGAGGACCGACCAUUUCAGCACCAUCGAAGCCGCCUAUGACGAGUUUGCUAUCUAUCUCAGCGCCGUCUACGGCGUGGACUUGGAGGAGCGGGCCGGGCAAGGGAUGGCACGCGCCGAGGCAUGGAAAUUGGAGAAACGUAGGGAGAGGCUGGGUCGGGUUGGAUAG